CUGACAAACCACCUGGAAUAAUAGUGUUAGAGAAAAAGCGGAGCCAAAGGCAUUCCUGCAGCUCUCCCUUCCCACGGGAAAUAUAGCAGAAGAUGGCUGUGCCUCCCACGUAUAUCGAUCUUGGCAAGUCCGCCAGGGACGUCUUCACCAAGGGCUAUGGAUUUGGCUUAAUAAAGCUUGAGUUGAAAACAAAAUCUGAGAGCGGACUGGAAUUUACAAGCUCAGGUUCAGCCAACACCGAGACCACCAAAGUGGCAGGCAGUCUGGAAACCAAGUACAGGUGGACUGAGUAUGGCCUGACAUUUACGGAGAAGUGGAACACGGACAACACGCUAGGCACGGAGAUUACUGUGGAAGACCAGCUUGCACGUGGACUGAAGCUGACCUUUGAUUCAUCCUUCUCCCCAAACACUGGGAAAAAAAAUGCUAAAAUCAAGACAGGGUACAAGCGGGAGCACAUCAACCUGGGCUGCGACGUGGACUUCGACAUGGCCGGGCCUUCGAUCCGGGGUGCCCUGGUGCUGGGCUAUGAGGGCUGGCUGGCUGGCUACCAGAUGAAUUUUGAGACGGCGAAGUCUCGAGUGACCCAGAGCAACUUUGCGGUUGGCUACAAGACCGAUGAAUUCCAGCUUCACACUAAUGUGAACGACGGGACGGAGUUUGGUGGCUCCAUUUAUCAGAAGGUGAAUAAGAAGUUGGAGACCGCCGUUAAUCUCGCCUGGACAGCAGGAAACAGUAACACUCGCUUUGGAAUAGCAGCCAAGUAUCAGAUCGACCCUGAAGCCUGCUUCUCGGCUAAAGUGAACAACUCCAGCCUGAUAGGGUUAGGAUACACCCAGACACUAAAGCCAGGUAUCAAACUGACGCUGUCAGCUCUGCUGGAUGGCAAGAAUGUCAAUGCUGGUGGCCACAAGCUUGGUCUAGGACUGGAAUUUCAAGCAUAAACGAAGACUGUUCAAUUGUUUAAUUUUAAACUAUUUUGCAGCAUAGCUACCUUCAGAAUUUAGUGUACCUUUUAAUGUUGUAUGUCUGGGAUGCAAGUAUUGCUAAAUAUCAUGUUAGACCUCCAGGUUAAAGAUGAUUCAGCUUUAAGGUGUUACCCUUUCAGAGGUACAGAAGAAACCCGAUUCCAAAGCAGGUCCUCACAGCUGUAGACUUGGGGGAACUUGGCAGCCCCUCUAAGAUGUCAGGUUUCUUUUUUAUCGAGAAAUGGCUGCAAGUGGAAGCUGAUGAUGAUUUGUAAGCACUUUGUAAAUUUGUAUUGCUUAAAUGUAUGAAAUUAUGACUUCCUGAGAAUUGAAUCUUGAUGUCCUACCCUCACUGAGAGAGGCUCACUAUUUGAUGGUGUGUACAAACUCAUCUGAUGGGACUUUUUUAGACCUGUUUCCACCCCGGUCCAUCACCUCUUUUGCACCAAAAGUAGUCUGCAGGGUGUGGUAGUUUCUUUUGUGCCAUUUUGGGGUGGAGAAGGUGGAUGUGAUGAAGCCAAUAAAUUCAGGACUUAAUUCCCUCUCAUGUUGUGGUUUUUUGCCCUUGCACCAGAGUAUGAAAUAGCUUCCAAGAGCUCCAGCUGCAAGCUGGGAAGAGUCUGUGACUGUAAUCACAUGGUGACAACACUCGGAACCUAAAUUAGACUUCUGUUGUAUUCUCGCCACUCGGUUUUUUAGCAGUUUAAUGGGUACAUUUUAGAGUCUUCCAUUGUGUGGAAUUAGAACAUCCCUUUCAAAUGCUGUAAUUAACAUCACUUAAAAUAAAACUUGAAUAAAAUAUUGAAACCUCAUC